CCUGAUGGUGGACCCCUCUCUGGUUAGAUUUGUUUAGGUGACGCUUUUAUUCUGAAGAGCUCGGCCCGGAAGUUCCGUUGUUUUCUGGAGACGAGGAUAAAAUGCAGCGAAACGCGACCCGGACUGUUUAAAGCUGCGGAGGCAUCUUACAGGGAAAAACACAGCAUGGACGUCCUUGACAGACUAGAGAUCUACAUUCCAGAGGAGGCUGAGGUGAAAAGCAUCCCUCUGUGGAGCUUAACAAACUCAGUGCUGAGGCGAAUGGGCCUCCCUCUGUGCAACUCUGACGGCUCCAGGAAGCUCGCAGACUCUCCAGAAGGCAUAUGGAUCUGUCCAGCAGUCGUACGGGCGAAAGGCCAGAAAUCGGCCUCAAAAACGGGAAACGGCGUGACGGAAAACAUGUCGUCGCUGCUGGGCAGGGAGAUUCGGGCUGCGUCCGGUCCCUUCCGAAUGUCCUUUGUGUCCUCAAAUCGCACAGCUUACAAGGUGUUGAAGGAAACUAUGCCUGGUCAAAAGGUGUCCAUGCCGGGGCAAAAGGGCUCUGCACACACAUCUCGCACUUCCAUGUUACCUCAGGGCAUGGCGCCGCAAACAUACAAAGGUGCUGUUGUCAUCUACCACGGACGCAUUUACCUGUCCAUCAAGAAGCCCGGUCGAAACCACAGUCAGCAAGAGACACGUGAACCACAGAUGGCUUCCCAGUCGUCCAUUCCUUCAACAUCAGACCUGUCAUCUAAAAGCCAGAGGAAGCGCCAGCCCCCCCCGGCUUCUCUUGAACCUGAGGACAAAGAACCACAGAGGAAGAGCUUUCGUAUCACUUUGCCCCAAAUCAUGCCAAAACAGCCAAAAGGUCUUCUCACAAAAACAGAUAAUCACUCCACCACAGAUCAGGAGCUCCUAAAUGACAACAGGCCCAAGAAGAAACCCGCUACAUGCAGAACAAUACACAGUGACAACACGAAGGAUCUUACUCACAAGGGAAGGAAUGGAUCCUCGUCCAAGACUGCAUGCUCUGUCCCUCAGUCCACUGACAGCGUGCACAAAGUGGACAGCCGCUGUCAUAAGGAUGCUGCAGGAGAGCGGGCUGCAGAGGAACCACCAGGCCCGGAGACAUCCUGGUUCCGUCCUCAGGGGGAGCAUGAGGAUGUGGCCAAUGACAGCAAGGUGCAGGACCUGGGAGGCGGAGAGAGCCCCAGUCAAAGCAAUGACAUGGACAGUAGUAAAGCUGACAGGGGAGUUGAUGUUGUAGAGCAAAGUGGCAACCAGAGCUGGACCAGGAGAGAGUCUCAGGGUGCAGCUUCCAGCUCCACAUCACUACAGGUGGACUUCAAUGAGCUGGCACAAGAGGAGAAGAUCGCUCGGAUGAUGGCCAAGCUCAGACAGAACGAGGCGGCUCUCAGCAACCUGUCCUCCUAAUGAGGAACGCCCAGUCAGAACACUUUACUUCCCCCAAAAUGAAAUCCUUGUUUAGUUUGUUAGAAUGCUUUUAAACUUGGAUUCACGUCCUUAAACUACCAGACGGACACAAACAGAAACCUGGAGAUGGUUAGUGUGCUGCAAACUUUGAGCUUGUUGAUCAGACUUCACAGCUCCCUCUGCUGCGCUGCUUUGGCGAAGCGUUGAGCUCAUUGGUGUUCACCAUACUAACUUGUGUUAGUAUAGUUAGACUAAGUGUUCCUUAGUCACGUUUGCUCUGUUUGGUUGUGGGACACUGACCUUCUAUCCUCUCCUGCUCCCCUCGCUGAUGUCCAACCUGUGGAGCUUCUUAAAGUUAGCUCAUGUUUGCUUAUGUGUUUAACAAAGAAAGUGUUUAUUCCUGAUUUCUUCAAAUGACCUUGGAAAGGAAAUAUUUCUGUUGCUGCAAAUAUCUAAUUGCAAUAAAGAAAUGAGUGUGGA